AUGACUGUGGUUGCCGGCGCUGUUUCCUUCGACGCCGCGCGGCCGGGCUGCGGCUCCCCCGAGAAAAUGGCGCCGCGGGUGCUCGGCCGCCCCCACCGCGGGGAGCGAGGGGGCGGCUGUGGGGGUCGGGAGAGGGACCAGCGCCUCGCUGAGCUGGUGGAGGAGCUCACCACGUCGGGGGAGCCGCAGCUGGAGCCGGGCAAAAUGAAGGAGCUGAAGAAAAUCUGCAAGUCUUCAGAUGAACACAUCAGCCAUGCCUAUCAUCUGCUGAUGACACGGCUUAACGAGGAGCACGCCGAGAUACGCUUUUCGGCUUUUCAGAUCGUGCACGAGUUGUUUACCCGAUCGCAUCAGUUCCGGACGUUAAUUAUUUCCAACUUCCAAGAGUUCUUGGAGCUCACGGUUGGGAUAGACCAUGAGCAACCUCUUCCCCCGCCCAAAGAGGUGGCACAAAAGCUGAGAAAAGCAGCCAUUAAGGCAGUACAAGACUGGCAUGAGAAAUAUGGAGAGGCCUACAAGCAGCUUUCUCUGGGAUACCACUUUUUAAAGCAGAAUAAGAAGGUGGAUUUUCAGGAUGUGAGUGCCAGAACCCUGGCUGAAAGGAGGAGGGAAGAGGAGAAACAAAAACGAUUGGAUAACAUUUACAAAGAAAAAGCCAAAAGAGCUGAAAAAGAAAUGGCAGAAAUGUCUCAGGAGAUUGCUGACACGCUGACAGAGAUGGAAAACUGUUUCCAGCUUCUAAUGCCAGAUCCUUUUGACUUCACUAUGAAUGACACAGAACUGGAACCCAACAAACAAAUGACUGCUAAUGAAGACAAACCUGCAUCUCCCUCGUCCUCUCGGAUAGCACUUCACCCAUCUUAUUUUGGACAUGCGGAUGAUGAACAGCCGUGCUGCAGCAAGGACCUUCUUUCUGUUUCUCAGUGUGUUAAAACUGAUGGAAAUGAAGAGCUGAGUGAGCAGCAGCAGGAGCUGGAGCAAAAAGAGUUAGAUAGAGGCACCCACUCAGAAUUUGGAUCUGGUGUCCCUGCUCUCAGUGAUGAUGAUUACCAAACUUUUGUUAGGAACCAUGGACUUAUUUCUCAUAAGUAUACUCUAGACCUUGAAAUCUCCACAGAUAUAAAAGUACAUGAGAAUGAAGAUAAUACAGCCAUAAUAAACAAUAUCAUGGAUGCUCACAGACUCCUUAGAAAUAAGUUCUUGCCUUCUGUGCAGUCCUGGAUUCAGUUAUUUACCAGAGCAGGAAUAAAUGAUGAUCGGCUAAGAUGUGCCAUUGACCUCAAGAAUAAACUGGAGGUUGCGAUGAAGAAAUACAAGGACAUGAACAUUUCCUUUAAGGAGAGGAAAAGAAAAGUGAUGAAAGCCUCAGACGACGACGACGAUGAAGAAGAAGAAUUUGUGGAGGUCCCUGAGAAGGAAGGUUAUGAGCCCCACAUUCCAGACCACCUGCGUAAGGAAUAUGGGCUAGAGCCCCUGUCGCCUCCAAAUGUACCAGUGAGGAAGACGUCAGUAGGACUGGCUCUGGUGAGCUCCCAGACCCAGCCGGAAGGCAACGAAGAUGAGCUUGACCCAACCUGUGCAGCUGCAACACUGAAACUUAUUAGAGACAAGCUACCGAAGUUAUCACCUCCAUACACGAGCAAGUCUGCAACUACUGAGCAAGCAGCUUUGGAAGAGCCCGACAGUAAAAUAAGAAAACUGGAAGAAGAAAGAGCUAAAGCUCCCAUCAUGCCUUUUGGAUUAGAUCUUCACUACUGGGGACAGGACCAGCCAAGUGCUGGGAAGAUGCUCAAAUUUUCUUCUCAGCAUCGUUUUUGGGCACCCAGUGAAGUGGAGGAUGAGAUCGAAAAUAAAGAAGUAACUGAAAUGUUAAAAACUAGAUAUAUAACCUUUGCUGGGAAGUUUGAACCAGUGAAACACAAAUGUCGAGCACCAAUGCCUAAUGGAAGUCUGUGCGAAAGACAAGAUCGGAUUAAGUGCCCUUUCCAUGGAAAGAUAAUUCCUCGGGAUGAAUCUGGGAUUCCUGUUAACUCAGAGGACAGAGCCAGAGAAGAAAAGAUGCAGUUUGAGAAGCAAGCAGCCCAGCCAGAGUGGCGAGAUCCAGAAUUCAUGAGAGAAGUUGAAGCAGCUACAGGAGUGGAUCUUGGGUCCUCUAAAAAUAAUGGAAAAGGAGGGAAAAAGAAAGGAAAGAAGAAAAAAUACCCAAAUCUGACAGACCUGAAACAGCAGGCUAAUACUUCUCGUUCCCGGCUUGAGAAGAAAGUCUUCAAUAAAGGUGCUAUGAAACGAGUGGUGAAAGCAAUGAAUCGAGUGGACCAAAGAAAGCAUGAGAAGUUUGCCAACCAGUUUAACUAUGCACUGAAUUAAAUUGUGAUAAAAUGAAGGGCAAAGAAGAAGAUUAACAAGAGUGCAGCUGUACCAGGCCUUUAUCACAGACCUUCAUAUUUAAACUAAAAUAUUGUGCUAAGCGUUUUUAUUGGGGUCAUUUUUAAUCGUUAUCAAUUUCUAAUUUAUUUGAACAUGAAUUAUAGAAAAGAUGUGGUAUAUGAUUGAAUGCAUUUAACAAGCUGGUAACUACUUGAAAUUUACAUAUGAACAAGUUUUAUGGCUUGUACAUGCUCUAAUUAAAAUAUUCACAGAUGUUUUUGGCCUUCCUAAUGGACGCAUGUAAUUUUUAUACUUUGUUUGUCAACAUAUGUGCUUGUACUUUGCCUUGACUUUCCUGCCUUCAGAAAGACGCCUUAAAAAACGAUUAGAUUCACACAUAAGGCAGCAGUGCAGAGUAUUGGCUCAGCUUACUAUUCCAGAAAACGUACCAUAUCAAGCAGCAUACCAGCUCCUGCAGUACUCCUAAACACCUCUUGUGUGCAUAUUAAAAAAGCUCCAAAUCGAUUGGAUGUCUUGCUGGCAGUGAAUGGAAUCAAGUUUGAUUGUGACAAGUCCAGGGACUAAUUCGGAGUCAGAAGGUAUGGCACCAGUGGAGAAGCUGAAAUGAUCGAGUUAGUCCCGGUCUGCUUCUUGUUUUACCGGGAUAGUCUUCCACUGUCUUUCAAAACCAGCUACAUCUGGAAAGCGUGAUCUAAAAGGCUGUAGAGAAUGUGCUGCAGUUUAAGUCAUACUGAAAAGCCCUAGCACAAAGUGAAAGUAUGAGAGUUUUAGAAAUUGUUCAAGCAUCCUACUGUACAAGUGAGCUGCCUGGCUUGACUCAGUUAAAAGUACCUCAGUCUCAAUCCUGAAAGUGCAGCUGAGGACCUGAACACAAAGAAGAGUGUCUGGACUCUCCUCUGACUCUGCAGGCUUUACUUUGAAAUUAAGUAGCUGGAUCCAGCAUGGUUUGUUGUUAUUGGCUGGUGACUUAACCAGAUCUCUCACAUGCUUUGCUUGCCCUAGCCAUGCCUGAAGCAGAGUGAACCAAACGCUGACACAAGUUUGCUGUCUCUAGGUUUCGUACAGCUUUGUGGGUGAAAGAAAUAUGGCAUAUCCAGGGGAAUGGGCUGUUUGAAAUUAAAUUUCAAAUUAAACUGCAGAUGUUUCCAAUAAAAUGCAGAACACAAAUUGGAAUGGAUUUUGUACCGCACUGGCUUAGUCACUCAUCUUUUUGCAGUGUGU